CUCUCUUUCUUCAAACUUCGUACUCGCAGUCACAGGGUGUGAGAGAGAGAGAGAGAAUGGGAAGACUCUGCGGAAGCUCCGGCCCAACCGCGGCGGCGAUCUUCGCUGUCAUGGCGAUCCUCUCCGUCCAGAGGUCCGCCGCCUCCGCGUCCGUCGGAGGAUUCACCGGAGAUUUUUUCCCGAUCGAGACGAAGUGCCUCGGCUCAAUGGCCCAGUGCUCGAUCUCCGCCGGAGACGGAGAUCUCUUAUACGGCGGAGAAAUAUCGGAUGCGUCGGAGGAGAUGGAGAUGGAGAUGGAAUCGGAGACGAGCCGGCGCAUUUUAGCGACGAGGAGGUACAUCAGCUACGGAGCGCUGAGGCGCGGCAGUGUUCCAUGCUCGAGACGGGGCGCGUCGUACUACAACUGCCGACGUGGCGCUCAAGCCAACCCUUAUUCCCGCGGCUGCAGCACCAUUACUCGCUGCCGGCGCUGAUAUUCUCCUCUUCCCUUUGUAAUUUUUCUUCUCUUUUUUUUUGGGUUUAAUAUGCUGAGUUUAUAUA